AUGGCGUUCCGGCAGGCGCUGCAGCUGGCGGCCUGCGGGCUGGCAGGCGGCUCUGCCGCCGUGCUCUUCUCGGCCGUGGCGGUGGGCAAGCCGCGCGCCGGAGGGGACGCGGAGCCGCGCGCGACCGAGCCGCCGGCGUGGGCAGGGGGCACGCGGCCGGGGCCUGGCGUGUGGGACCCCAACUGGGACAGGCGAGAACCACUGUCUCUCAUCAACCUGCGGAAGAGGAAUGUGGAAUCUGGAGAAGAAGAACUGGCAUCCAAGCUGGACCACUGCAAAGCCAAGGCCACUAGGCACAUCUUCCUCAUAAGGCAUUCCCAGUACCACAUGGAUGCCUCCCUGGAAAAGGACCGCACUCUGACCCCACUGGGUCGUGAACAGGCUGAGCUAACUGGGCUCCGCCUCGCAAGUUUGGGGCUGAAGUUUAAUAAAAUUGUCCAUUCCUCCAUGACCCGCGCAAUAGAAACCACUGACAUCAUCAGCAAGCACCUGCCAGGCAUCUGCAGGGUCAGCACAGACCUGCUGCGGGAAGGCGCCCCCAUUGAGCCUGACCCCCCUGUAUCACACUGGAAGCCGGAAGCUGUGCAGUAUUAUGAAGACGGAGCCCGGAUUGAGGCUGCCUUCCGCAACUACAUCCACCGGGCAGAUGCCAAGCAGGAGGAAGACAGUUACGAGAUCUUCAUCUGUCAUGCCAAUGUCAUCCGCUACAUUGUAUGCAGAGCACUACAAUUUCCUCCUGAAGGGUGGCUCCGUCUGUCCCUCAACAAUGGCAGCAUCACCCACCUGGUGAUCCGACCCAACGGCCGUGUAGCACUCAGGACCCUCGGGGACACAGGUUUCAUGCCCCCUGACAAGAUCACCCGGUCCUGAGGGCCGCCCUCUACCCGCCCCCUCAGCUCCAGUCCUGGCUCUGGCCUUUGCUUCCCUGUCUGCCCUGUCCAGGCUGCGUGGCUGUUACGUUUUGUCUUGAGGAAGAGGCCGGCAGAAAAGUAGAAAUAUCUGAAAUGCUGCAUUCGAGUACUUAUUUCUGGUCCAGGCUGAAAGGGAAACAUUUGGAUCAGACAGCCUGAUUCCUUUGUAAGGUCUUCUAUCAUCUGUGAUCUGCCAGGAUGCUGUGGGGCCAAAGGUGAAAACCUUCUCCUCAGAAGUCAGGACUGUUUGGGGGACUGAGUGAGCCUGACAGAUGCCAUCACUUUGGGUGACCGUGGCAGAUCCGCACCAAGGGUCCUAGCCACAACCAGCUGUGCCAUCCCCAGCAAAGCCUGUCAGGCACAAGGGCGCCCAAGGUCUGUUCACAGCUCAUUUCACUUCAGACAUUCUUUUCAUUUCUUAAAACCCUUUGGUCACUUAAAUAUUUGUCAAUCUGGGUUUUUGCUUUGCUAACCAGUUUCUCACCCCAGAGUUACAGGUCCCUGAUGCUGCUGAACCUAAACCCACCCCACUAUAUUAAGGCCUCCCAGGGCACAAGGACUCACCAGCUACACGUGAACUUGGGCACAUGAGGGAAGAAAUGAGUCUGUGGGAGUGAUGUGACCUGUGACCUUAGACCUUUAUUCUGGUCUUAUGUUAGAGGUGCAGGGCAGAUGGCAGCCCAGUAGGGGGUUAUCCCAUUUCAAAACAGUAUCCCAGACUGAUAGCUCAAUCUUAGUUUGCCUCUGGUUAAUCUUUUAUGCUUAUGGAUUAAAAUAUUUAUACCUGAUCUAUCCUCAAUAUUGUUAAAUUAGGAAAAGCAAUAUAAUUCCUAUGAAUUGGUUAUAAAUAUUUUCUACAGUCAAUACAAUUGGGAAAUUUGAGGCAUUUCUCUGUCCACUUUGGAAAUAACUAUAUAAUAAAAUUUUAUUGUUUUUUAAAAAAGUAUUGUGACUGUUUUAAAGAAAACAGGAAACCUGUGCAUUGUAGCCAUCAGCAAAGGUGUCACCAGAAAGCCUUUUCCAGUCUCUCAUGUUCCCAGGACUGACAGCUUUGCAGGCACUGCCUGGGCCAUCCUUCUGGAGGACUUCCUGCCAGCAGCCUGGAGACUUGUUUGCGUCCUCAAUCAGGAUAGCAAGGAUGGCAGUUCGUUAUCUAGAGACAACAGCUGCAGCAGCCAUGCACCACUUCUAGAAAUAGUUUUGACAAGUAUGGCAGGGACUGUGACAACUUCAAAAACACGAAAAUAACAGGCAUAUCACGUUUGACCUUAGGUGAGGGCGAGGCUCGGAAUCAGCCACACCAUUCCAUGACCACACAUCGCCGCCCCUUUACCCUUGACCUCUAGGAGUGGGCAGUGUUGUGGCAAGGCAUCUGGGCUUUGAGCUGGGGCUCUGGCUCUUCAUGGGCUUUCCUGGUGGGUGUGAGGACAGAGGUGCUGCUUUGACGCCUCGUCCAAGGGCUUAGCAUGAUGGCGUCUGUGGGACGGCAAUGAGCCAGGCCACGCACUCUGUGUUCAUAAAGCAAAACUGGCAGGUGUAGGUUUGCUGGGAAGCAAAACUGGUCCUAAUGUGGAAAUACUCACAAAUUGGAUAAAACCAUUUUGGAAAUAGUGACUGUCAAGAGAUCUGGACA